AUGCUGGAAUGGAUCGCGAUCGCGUGCGUUGCAAUUUUGCUGGCAGUAAUCCGGUCCCGCUUUAAAGUUUCUGGCACAGAGAAACCGACAGAUAUUGCGCCGAGAGGACCGAACAGUCCGCUAAAAGACGAAGUCUCCAUCGAACGAACACGAAGCGUGGCGCUCAUCUGCAAACCGUCUGCCCUCGCCAACUACCUCCUAAAGAACUGCAGCACUUUCACUAACUACUCUCCGCGGGUCGGCUGGUCGUGGCGGGCCAGUGCCGUCCUCCAGAGCUUGCACGAGAUGUGCUGGUGUUACGGCAACCCGGUCCACUUUGUGCGGGAUAACCUGCUGUUGAGCGAUGAUGGGCUGGUGGCUUUGGACUGGGCUUAUCCAGCCCACCAAAUGAGACGCAGGACUUCCAGCCACUCCACCUGCCCAGUUCUUCUUAUCAUCCCUAAUUCGUUCGGCAAGAUCACCAGAAAUGUACUGAAGUUGUGUCAAACAGCUCUUUCCCAUGGAUACCUCCCUGCAGUCUUCAACCGGCGCAGCCACAAUGGCACCCCACUCACCACGAUCAAACUGCAGCAGUUUGGAGACCCUGCAGACCUGAGAGAGGCUGUACGCUACAUCCGCUACAGGCAGCCUGCUAGCAAACUUUAUGCAGUGAGCGAGAGCACUGGCUCCGGGCUUCUUCUCUCUUACUUGGGGGAAUGCGGCUCGUCCAGCUAUGUGACAGCGGCUGUCUGCCUGUCGCCUGUCUUUCGUUGCCAGAGUUGGUUUGAGAAUGGCCUCUGCUGGUCCAUGCAGUGGGCUUUGUUGCUCUACCAGAAAAUGUGCCUCAGCAGAUACAGGACGGCGUUGAGCUCUAUCAUACGAACGGACACCCUCUUUUCUACAAGUUCCCUACGGUGUCUUGAAGAAGUUCUAUUUUGUCAAACUGAGCAGGUUGGCUGUGCAUCGACAGCACCCACAGUGACACGCAUCAGCACUGCGGCUUCAUGGGAAGCUUACUGGGAACGCAAUGAAGCCUUAAGAGAUGUGGACGAAGUGGCGAUUCCAGUCCUGAGUGUAUGCGCUCAGGAUGACCCUGUCCGUGGGAAUGCCCAAUCCACAGUACCCUGGGAACUUUUCGAGAGCAACCCGCAUUUUUUCCUACUUCUAACAGAACGAGGCGGCCAUUGUGGUUUCUCCACACACUGUGAAGAAAACGCCACCGGGCCAGCUAACCCAAUGACUGAACCGAACAGUGUGACGGUAACUCGCGGAGCCAACUGGAGCCACCGAGCUCUUUUGGAAUUUUUCAAGGCAACUACAGACUUCAUUGCUGCAGAGGAGAGAACAAAACAGCUCACUGCAAAGAGGAAGGGUCUGGGGGGAGUCGCAGGAGGGAGGGUCUUCCGGCACCGUAGUGUCAGUACGUGUAAACGAGUACCCAUGUGCUCUCAUAAUAUCCAUGCCAUUUACAACUGGCAAAGAUCUUACACACGGUGA